AUGCUGAAAAGUUUCAAUGCGCCUGUGUUUAAUACAUCGCCAACAAUUAUGACAUCACCAUUUCUGAUGGACAACCUUCUGAAUACAAAAUUUGAACAUUCACAACAAAGCUCUCCUGGUAGUGAGAACAUCGGACCACGGAAACUGGUAGACAGGGAUUCGAGGGGUCUUCUUACAUGUCCUGUUCCACCUAAGAAUCCUGCAGGAUCUUCUUAUUACAACGGCAACGCAUCGCCAGGGACAAUCAACGAAAUAUUAGCUACUAAACAGCAUCAGCAGAACCAAUUAGAAUCAGCUCCUGGAAUAGUGACGUCAAGAUUGCUAAGUCCUCACCAUCAGGAAGCUCUGGGACCUACGGCCACGGCGUCCUUGACGCUCGGAAUCACAGCGUCUUAUUCGAUAGUUGCCCAAGACUCCCACGGCCUUCCGGCUAUGCUUCCGACGGCAAGGCGUCAUCAGCCAGCCAUCGUCACGUGUUCUUGCGGCGGUUCGGAUGAGUGUUGUGCGGCGAAACGGGACCUGGGACACUCCUUAGCGUACUACCACGGCCAGCCCGGCCACUGCGCGAGUAACGGCUGCUGCUGUUACGACAGGAGGAAUGACAAUACGUCACUGCGAGCGAGCCUCAAGCAGGACUCAACACCUUCACAAGCAAAGCCGAUCCUCAAAUUUAGUGUCAGCGCCAUUUUGGGAGCCGACGCCGUGAAAUCAACCCCUUGUACAGAUCCCCUGCUACAUGGGAACGGGCCACCCCUGUUCGGAUAUGCCGGUAUUGGAUCGGGGUCGAGUAUAGCCAAGCCGAUUCCUCGGCCGGCCGCUAUGUUCAACCCACACCUGCACACACUGCUGGCCUGUCGUCAUCCGUACCUCACAGUUUCUACACCGAACACCGGAGGAUCUGUAGGUCCCGGAGGCAGCUCCGGCGCACCAACUGCAGUCUUCCCCCUUCCAGGGACGUUCCCGUGGGCCAACAGUUCGCGUGGGAAGCCACGCAGGGGGAUGAUGCGCCGAGCCGUGUUCUCGGACCUGCAGAGGAAAGGACUAGAAAAGAGGUUCCAGAUACAGAAGUACAUCUCGAAGCCGGACCGCAAGAAGCUGGCGGAAAAGCUGGGUCUCAAGGACUCUCAGGUGAAGAUAUGGUUCCAAAAUCGUCGCAUGAAAUGGCGGAAUUCAAAAGAGCGCGAACUGUUGGCCAGCGGUGGGUCACGUGAACAAACUCUACCCAAUAAAAACAAUCCAAAUCCCGAUUUAAGCGACGCAGAAGGCGACAGGCCUAAGAUAGACCUUUCAGACCUUUCACCUCUAACCUCUCCAGAACUGCCGCCGCAUCACGGAUCACACAAAGUCGGGCAACAUGAUGAUGACGUUAUGUUGGACCACGAUGGGCAGUUGCUCGUGUUGGACACUUCACCUGACGAGAAGCAACUGUUGCGUCAUCAUGAACAGGACUUGGACGAAGAUUCGGGUGGGGAAGACGAGGAAGAAGACGAAGAGGAAAUUAAUGUCACGUGACAAGAAGAAUGAGUUCACAGGAUGUUGGCGAUAGUUAAAUAGCGACGGAGUCGCGUGGCAAGAUGGCGGAGUGGAGUCAUCGUAUGAAGAUGUCGUUGACGGGAUGGUGGGGUGCAUUGGAUAUUUGGUGUACUUCCAUGGACUCGAUGCUGUUUGGAGACGAGUUGAGGAAUUGUGCAGCAACGUGACUGUACCUCGAUAAUGUGGCUCUCGGCCUCCAUAUGCACUUUUAGCCCUGUGAAGUUAAUUCUUCACAGCAACAAUCAAAUAAAUUGACGAGUGACAGUUGUGCUGUCACGUGAAUAAAACUAAAUCGAUCAGCGUCAAUCAGAAUGUGUUAUCGGAACUUUAAGCUUCCUCUAACAAGUGCAUUAAGUUGCAUAAGUACAAGAUGUUAGCUUUGGUACACCGAAGUGUAUUGAGAUGUGAAGGUUGAAUGUGGAGGCUGCAGGCUCUUCCGAAAAGUUGGUAACAUUCUAACAGAAUUGAGAGUGUCAUAUUCCAGAAGACGGUAAUCUCCAGUGAAAUGUAUUGAUAGCAAAGACAAAAUUUAACA